UUUUCCCUUUCUCUAUCUUCCGUUCGCCCCCCGCACCCCAACCCCACUCCACAAACUCCCUCCAAUAUCAUUUGAUUCGUUCCAUUUUUUUCAAAUGGGGAGUGAUUGUGCUUAUGCCGAGCUGCGGCGCGAGUACGAUCUGCUUGGCUCGGGAACGACGUCCAUUGCGUUCGACGCUGCAGAGGAGAUGCUCUGGUCUGCCUCGGCGAGCGGGCGCGUGACGGGGUACCUGUUCCCGACCCUCGAGCGCUAUGCCUCGUUCGAGCCCCUGACGCGGCGCUCGCUGACCCAGGCACAGGCGCAGCAGCGAGCGGCCGAGCAGCAGCAGCAUCCCCAUGGCGGUGGCGUGCAGCUCCAGCUCCAGCACCAGCCCGUCGUCCAGCUGCAGCCGAUCGACAAUGGCGUUGCCGUGCUUGGCCAGGACGCGCUGGUCGUUGCGUCGCGCGGCGGCGUCCCGCUGCUCUCCCUCGCGACCGACGCAAUGCAGUCCCUCUCAUGCAUGUCCCAAGUCAGCGCCGCUCAGUCGGCCAGCUUUGUGCUUGCUGGAUCGCAGCCGACAAUGCUCAUUGCAGAUCUCCACAAGCAGCGCGUCGUCAAGGAGCUCGACGCAGGUGUUAUAGACCCGAGCAAUGGCACUCCAGCGGGCAUCACUGCCCUGCGCAAGGCCCGCUUCCUGUGCGCCGGGACAACCCAAGGAGUGCUGCAACUGCGAGAUCCAAAGUCGCUCAAAGUGGAGCAUCAGUUCACGGCAUUCACCGGGCCGGUUUCCGACUUUGAUGUCUGCGGAAACCUGCUUGCUGCGUGCGGUUACUCGUUCCGAGGCGGAAACAACCUGUAUGCCGAUCCCUUCAUCAAAGUGUAUGAUCUGCGCAACAUGCGCUCGACAGCCCCCAUCAGCUUCCCCACCGGAGCGCACCGCCUGCGCUUCUUGUCAAAGUUCUCGUCGCGCAUCGUCGUUGUUUCGGCUUCGGGUACAGUGUCUGCGUACGAUGCUUCUGGUACUGCUGCACCGCCGCUCUUCUACGGCAAGCUGGCCAUGGACACGAACGAGUCCUACUGCACGGCACUGGACGUGUCGGCCUCGUGCCAGCUGCUCGCGUUCGGUGACUCUUCCGGAAUGGUGAGCGAGUGGGUGCCGGCGCUCGUUGCCGACAAUGUGUGGGACGAGCAGCAAGCAUACCAAGGGCCGCAGCAGUACGACGAAAAUGGCGAGCCCAUUCCCAUGGACUACUCCCUCUACACGCCCGAAGGGCAGCUGCUCGAAUCACUUGACGGCGUCCAGGUGAAUGAGUUUUCGCGUGAGACCGAGCAUCCCGGGCAAGACGCUCUCUCGCUCUAUGACGGCGCUGUGCCCCUGGCCGUCGAGGACACCUCGGUGCCGCUUGCCUCGAUUGGCAUGCCAUUCCCGUCGAGCGACACCCUCAGCUCGGAUUGGCCAGUGUCGAAAACAGUCAUUGUGCGACGACCUCCUGUGCCGAUCGACGACAGUAUUCUUCGCGCCAUGCGCGUGGUCGACUUUGUCGGCUACUCUCCAAACGAACCGACCGUCCGCCGACGUAACCAGACCGUCUAUCCGCGCUACUGGAUUGAUCCCAUCGGCCAGGGCAUGCUUCGUGCCGCCGGUCGCAACUCGGCGGGUAGCGCCAAUGCGGCCCAAGCCGGGAGGCUUGCUCGAAUUGGUCCUGCAACAGCUCGUCGUGGGGCGCUUUCGUCACCCGCUCGCGAUCGACGACUGUUGGGCGGGCAAUCGUCCUCCUCCUCCUCCUCCUCCUCCUACUCCUCAUCUGGCUUGGACGAGUCUGUCCUGUACCGCUCGAUCGUACCACCAAAGUACAGAAAGGUGGAGGUCAAGUACACGCGCAUGGGCAUGGAGGACAUUGAUUUUGGCGACUACAAUUCAACCGUGUUUAGCGGUCUCGAGGCACAGAGCCCGAACGCCUACUGCAACCCAGUCUUGCAAGUCUUGUACUUUCUGGGGCCUCUGCGCUCCCAUCUGCAAAACCACCUGUGCUGGAAGGAUGCGUGCAUUGCGUGCGAACUGGCCUUCCUGUUCCACAUGCUCGACAUGUCCAUUGGCGGCACCUGCCAAGCAAACAAUUUGAUUCGCGCACUGCGCAACGUGCCGCAAGCGUCGGCACUUGGUCUGCUGCUUGCUGAUGAAUUUGCCUCCGCCAAGGCCAACUUGGCACGUCUGAUUCAGAGCUUUUUGCGGUUUGCGCUUCAGCAGGCGCACCAAGACUUGCUGCCAACCACGCCGUCGCUUGUCGCGUCCAACUCUCCCGCGCCGGCCGUCUCCAUCAUUCGCCAGGCCUUUGGAUCGGUCGUGGACACCCACACUCGCUGUACCUGCGGAGCAGAUCAGGUCAAGGCAACGGAAACGUUCAUUUUCGACCUUAUCUAUCCGCCGUCUCCCACCUCGGUGUCGGCAACAGGAGUAGGCGGCUCCACCACUGGUGCGAACGCUUCAGCAGCUGCGGCCCCGGCCUUGACACCUUCUCGCGCAGCUCACGUGCGACCAUUCGUCUCCAUCAUUGAGGAUUCGUUGCGCCGCGAGCAGACCACCAAGGCUUGGUGCGACCGAUGCAACAAAUUCUCGCUGAGCGAGCAAACGCGGUCGCUUACGAAUCUUCCGUUCGUCCUCGCCCUGAACAUGGCUGCUGACAAGGAAGGUGGCGCCGACUACUGGUCGGCCCUCGAAAAGGGUCAUGCAGCUCGGCACGCUGCCAACCUGCGCGCUGCUGCAGAUCGUCGAGCCGAACGCGAAGCGCGCCGGCAGCUAUUUGCAGACGAGUCUGGAUCGGAGGCUGACAACAAGGCUGCUACGGCUACGACUGCUACUCUUGCUGGACACGAUGACCAUCACCACCACUCUUCUCAUCCCGCCGUUUCAACCGAUCCAAUUCCCAGUGUGCCCAGUGCCUUGAAGCUCACCCUGCCCACGGCCGCGGAGGGUGGUGGCUCUGCUGCCAAGCGCGGUCGUGGUGUCUGCGUGAGUGAGAUACCCGUCAGCCAAGCCAUGCAGAGCAACACCGUCACACCUUUGAGCGCUGAGGACAAAGCUGCCGCGGCCAGUGCUGCUGCCAACGCAUCGAGCGCCGACUACCUGCUCGUGGCAACGGUGGUAUUGAUCAAAGACGAGGACUCGCCAUCUGGCCAUCUGGUGUCUCACGUGUGUGUCGCCGAAGAGUACAUGCGCCGUUUCCGACUCGAUCCCGCCCAAGUCUGGACCAUGAAGCCGUCCCGGUGGAUGUUGUUCAAUGACUUUUCGGUGCACGAGAGCUCCGAACUGGAGGCGACGACUUUCUACAGCGCGUGGAAGCAACCGUGCUCGCUCAUCUAUGUUCGCCGCGACCUGUUCCUGCUGGAUGCCCCCAUUCGAUCGCCGCUGACUCUGGCUGUCUUCCAUGAGAGUGGCGCAGGUGGUGUCGCCAGCACGCACGCAACUGCUCAAACGGUGCGCAAGCACGCUGGGCCAUUGGGUCUGUCCGUGGCAGCGCAACAGCAGCAGCAACAGCAACAGCAGCAACAACAACAACAACAGCAGCAGCAGCAGCAGCAGCAGCAGCAGCAACAACAACAACAACAACAACAACAGUUGGCUGCCGCUCAGUCGCGACGCAACAUGCACCCUCCCACAUUCACCCCAUUGGCGCCCAAUGAAAUCCCGGCCAGCGGUCAACUGGUGGCUAUUGAUGCCGAAUUCGUUUCGCUCAACCCAGAAGAAGCCCAGCUGCGCAGCGACGGCUCGAAGUCAACCCUCAAGCUCGCACAGUUCCACCUGGCUCGCGUCUCGGUGGUGCGUGGUCAAGGACCGCUGGAAGGCAUCCCGUUGAUUGAUGACUACAUUUCGACGUCCGAGCAAGUCUCUGACUACCUGACCAAGUAUUCAGGCAUCAAGCCUGGCGAUCUCGAUGCUGCGAUUUCGACCAAGCACGUUACCACGUUGAAGGCGGCGUACGUUAAACUGCGGUACCUGGUUGAUGCUGGCGUCAAGUUUGUCGGCCAUGGCCUGCAGAAGGACUUUCGUGUCAUCAACCUCCUGGUUCCUCCAGACCAAAUCAUUGACACUGUUGAGCUGUACAGCCGCAAGCGGCAGCGCAAGGUGUCUUUGCGAUUCCUCUGCUGGUACUUGCUCAAGAUUGACAUUCAGGCCGACAUGCACGACUCGAUUGAAGACGCCCGCUGCGCGCUCUUCCUCUACCGCAAGUACCAGGAGCUUGAAGCUGAAAACCGCGUCGAAAGCACCAUUUCCGAAGUGUACGAGGCCGGUCACAAGUAUGGCUGGAAGGCGCCACACUGGGAUUAAGUUGAUUUUGUGCUUUUGCUCUUUGUGUGUGUCUUUUUUCCCAUUCAACUCGAAUUACACACAACC